AUGGAGGUGGUCAAUAGCAGCCAUGCUACGACUGCUGCUGGAGCUGAAGCAGAGGCAAUAGCGGCAAAGUGCGCCCAGUGCACGGUGGUCGCCGAGUCGUCCUCCAUCACCGAGAUUACCUGCGCCCUCUGCAAGGAGGUUCUGGAGCAGAAGUGGGGCGAGGAGGAGGAGGAGUGGCGGGUGGAGAAUGCCGUCAGAUUUACGGAAGAGAAAGUGGCCACUGAAGAUCAAGAAAAUCCUGAAGAAAGUCCCAAGCAAGAGGUGGUGGUGGGAAAGAUCUACCACCCGCUCUGUCUGAAGGACCAUCUGGUGGCAAAGGAGAGGGCGAAGCAGGAGCAGCUGAAAGAAGAGGAAGCUGCGGAUGAUGAAGAGGAUGAUGAGGAGGACGAAGAACUGGACGAGGAGCUGGACGACCUGGAGCUGGACAUUUCGUUGACCGCCAUCAGUGAGGAUCAGCUGAACAGUUCCAUCACCACCACUGCCGCAGACAACAGUCUGACAGUCAAAGAAGAGGAAAAGGAGGAAGUGGUUGAUCACCGCGCUCGAGUGCUCAUUCCCGGGCUGGACAUUUCGCUGCGCUCGUCGACGGAUAAUGAUGAAGAGGUUUCGGCCUCUGAUCAAACGAAAGAGAAGGAGAAGAUGGACGUGGAUGAGACUUCAGCAGCAGCUUUGACUUCAACCGACGAUCAACAGGAGACAAAGGAGAAAGAAACAAAUGAAGAGCAGGUGAUCGUCAAGGAAGAGGCGAUGGAAGAGGAAGGUGAGGAUGUGCCCCGGGAGAUUGAACACCUCAACGUCAACUACUGUCNAGCAGUUUUGACUUCAACCGACGAUCAACAGGAGACAGAGGAGAAAGAAACAAAUGAAGAGCAGGUGAUCGUCAAGGAAGAGGCGAUGGAAGAGGAGGAGGAGGAUGUGCCCCGGGAGAUUGAAGUAAAGGUCUUUGAGUUUGAAAUUCCCAUUGCGGCGACUUCGACUUCUUCGUCUGCGAAUACCAGCACCUCAACGUCAACUACUGUCGAACAGCUGUUCCAGCUGACAAAAGAGGAGGAAAACACUACCGCUGCAACUUCAUCAUCAUCAUCAUCUGAACCUCCUCCUCUUCUUGAGCAGUCGUCAGUGGACACCAACUGCAGUGAUGAUCAACAGCUGUNUUCUUCGUCUGCGAAUACCAGCACCUCAACGUCAACUACUGUCGAACAGAUGUUCCAGCUGACAAAAGAGGAGGAAAACACUACCGCUGCAACUUCAUCAUCAUCAUCAUCUGAACCUCCUCCUCUUGAGCAGUCGUCAGUGGACACCAACUGCAGUGAUGAUCAACAGCUGUCUAAAUCGGAGACGAGCCUACCACCACCACCACCACCACCAGCCUCUUGUCAUGCGGGCGAUGAACACCUCUUCCAGAACUCAACAGAUAAGUUGAGCACUGAACCACAANGCCUCUUCUCAUGCGGGCGAUGA